AUGAAUUCUCAAAACAGGAAAAAGCAAAAGUGGAGGCAUCGAAUGGGACCUAUUAAUUUUGCAACAGUACGCGUGGCAUUGCGUGCAACCAAAGAAAACAAUAAGGAACCAUCCAAGUGUGAAAUGUUUAUUGCAACUCGUACAAAGACGGGAAAGGAAAUUCAGGCCGAUACUCAAGUUGCAAUAGCUGAACUUCAGAAUCACCAAAAUUUUGGGGAAACAACAGAUGAUGCUUUUACGGCAGUGUUUGGAAAGGAGCAACCUGGUCGACUAAGGUGCUAUGGUAGAUCAAUGACAACAAGUUCUUUGAAGAAAGAUGAGGAAACUAACGAGCUAAAACAUAAACAUGCCAAUGAAAUCACUUCUCUAAAAGAAGAAAUGAAUGAAAUGAGAGAAGAAAUGCGACAUUUCUUUAGUCAAUUGCUUCAAAACAACCCUGGAUUGAAUGUUCGAGAUAUGCCAGGGUGUGUUGGAUCUAACAUUGCUUCACCUAUUGAUGCGAGUAGUGCACAAGCUGUAAAAGGCCAAAAUCUUCCACAUUCUUCCGGGUCAACUCAUGAUCCGAUUCUUCAAAAGUUGGCUAAUUAG